UCGGUGAGUCGGUCGGUCGUUGGAUGCUCGCAAUACCAUGUCUUAGAGCUCUUAGAGAACGCUUUGCUGCCGCACUUGCCUCCGAGACAUCGUCGACGCAAUAUCGCGCGCGUGUUUCUCGUCGAGGAUGUAAACAAAGUUACGAUCGUGCGUUCAUGUUCACGCAUGUUUUCAUUCUUUCUCUCUUGCUCGCUCAUUCUUGUCGUUACCGUUGUCUUACGCGGGCUCGGGUACUCAGUAUUUAUACGGCAGUCUUGUUACACGCUCGUCGAGCUAUACGUGCUGGAGUUAAUAGUUACAGUCAAUAGUGCGCUAAAGUUUAAAUUACACCGCCUCCGUUGCCAGCCACGACCGUUCCAGCGAGUAGUAGUGCCAAUAGUUUAUGGCUAUUCCUUUGCUACCAGUACCGACGACAUCAACGUCGACAUCGGGAGCCAGCAAGUCAACUGGUGGUCACGUCCGCGGGUCAGUUAAGUACACGACGAGCCUCGAGUUUACUACAACUGAUCCUUUGUGAAACUUAGACGCGAUUAUUGUUGCAUUGAUUUGUAAUAACUACUGGAGUAAUCGCGGUACGUGUCGUUGUUACUGUUGUGGAACGGUUUUGUAUUAUACACAGUGAAUAGUAUUGUUAUUGUUGUUGUUGUUGUUUUUUUUAUUGUUAUUAUUAUCAUCAUUUGAGUUGGAAUUGUAAUCUUUGUUCCCUCGGAAUCACCACCAGUUGCAGUAGCAAUAGCACCAGCACUCCGUGGACCUUUUACUGUCGAGAGUCUGAGCACAACAAACUUGGGUACAGUGAACCCCUUGGCCGUUUGUUGUCGGUCUAUCUGUGUCGGAUUGAAAUAUCGGUGGCGCCGUGGGAAAGGGAUCACCGGCACGCCGUUGGCUCCAUUAUCGAAUCAUCGGAGGUUAGACCCGAAUUAGGUGGAUGGAAAUAACUCGAAGACAGUAAAAAAAAUCGAUCCACAAAAAUGUCUGGAGAUCCUGCGAGCCCAUAAUUCCGACGAGGCAUCAAAGACAACAGGGAAGUCUUUUAUUAUUUUAAAAUGGGAAAUAGUAGUUCACAUCACACAGCAGCAGUGUCUCAGGAAAUGGGACGAGGAUGGACCCAGUCAUUUCCACGUGAACUUACAAGGCACCAUCACCAUUCCCAGGCUGCUGGGCACAAGGUUCUGCCCGAGCCCCCGAAUCAGCGGCUACGGGCGACCAAUAAUGGGAAUAUUAUUCACAACGGUGGUACUAUAAGUGGUCGAAGACCAUCAGCGUACACUCUACCCCACGAUCUUAAUAAGCAAGGGAUAUAUAGAAGCAGAAGCACUUCAACUUCACACCUGGGUGAAUCCCGAGCGCGAAAUGACUCAGGAAACCAGCACUGCUGUGCAGGUCACUAUCGUCCAUGCGACGGAAGCUGCCGUGAAAACGAGAUGGUGGAGCUCAAAAGAUUCGGCAGUGAGCCGGAUCUGCGUUACUCCCCAUCGGAGUCGCGACAUCCUCCGGCUACAGACCGUCACUCGGGAUACCACUACCCUGAGCGCGAAUCGCGAGAGCGCGAGAGUCGGUAUCGCGGAAAAAAGAAGUACAAAGCCCCAGCACCGCCGGCAAUUAACGGCGACGGGUCAUCACCGGACUCCUACAAAUGGGAGGCGAUUGGUCCCGAUCGCGACAACUGCUGCCGACAGGAAGAGGACCCCGGGUCACGGGGCAUUAAACCGCCGCCUCGUAAAUCCCGGCUGUUUAAAACCCGGGCUGAGACUAAACGUCAGCAGAGCAACUGGAGCCAGCCCGCACAGCAAGAGUGCACGGAUGGUAUUGAGAGUGAGAGAAGAUGGAUUAAUGAGAGACAGCAGCAGGUGUCUAAUGGCAAAGAAAACAGCAGACCGUGGAGAGAGUACCAGGAACAAGAUCAAUGGACGAGGGAUGAAAGGAGGAGAUCCUCUAAGAAAUUCGAUGGGAAGAAUACCCUUCAGAGAAGCCUCAGCAGUCCCGAGUUCCAGGCAGAGCUGAUGCAGGUAGCGAAAAAGGUGCGCAAUAAACUCAACUACAAUCGACGCGUGGGACCUGUAGGCGCACCCACCGCUAACACCGAGUUGAAACAUGAAAACCAAUUAUCUAAGUCCACGACGUUUAUUGAUGCACGCAAGAACAAUCCUGGGGACAAAAAAUACUCGAGAUCCAAGCAGCAGCAGCAGCAGCAGCAACAAGAAAGUUGUGUAAAUGAUUGCCGUGUUGAUAGACGUAAAAGCAGAAGUAUGGAGCAGUUUGAUAAUAAAUGUCAGGAGGUUCGAACUUGCUCGCGAUUCUACGAGGAAAGAACAUUCCAGGAACGCACCAGAGGUGAGAAUAGAGUAAUUAGGAGCCAGGAAACGCGCUCGUACGAGGAAAGAAGAAUGGAUAGCCCUCGCGGUAGCCGUAAUGGCUUGGCAGAAAAAUCAAGCGAUCACGUUGACGAACGACCUGUGGAAAACGGCAUCAACAGAAGACGUAAGGUCUUGGAAAAGUCAACGACCUAUGAGGAAAGUGUCGUUACAAAUGGGAAUUCAGAGCCCGCUGUCACGAGAAAAUUUAUAAACGGGCGGCUGGAGGACUUUGGUCACGCGCAGGACGAACGAAACUCCGAGAGGCUGCGUGGCAAAGAAUUUGACCGGAGGAAUGACCGCGAGAAUAAUAGGUCCAGCGAUAUUUUAGUCUCCAAGACAAGCAGGAAGAGUGAAGAAACUGCUGGCAGUGAGCAGCACACGCGGACGAGGUCAGAGAGUCCUGCGACGCUCCAAUGUAGAGACAGAAUAGGCGUUAGAGGUCAAGGCUCCGGCCGGGAGAGCACACCAGAACCCCCAAGGGGCAAAGAGAACAAGGUCGCCGCUGCUGCUGCCGCCGUCGCCGCUGAGAACACCAGAAGAAAAAGAACUGAUGUCAAGGACAAGAAUUAUAGAGACAGUGAAAAAAGAUGGUCAGAGAGUAAUCCCGUCAAGAGCGAAAAAAUAAAAAUAAAGUCUUGUGAAAAGAGUAUUGUCAAAGAGUCCAAGGAAGUUGUGGAGAAGAAUUGGAAUUUGAGUAAUGGCGUGUCACCCAAGUCUAAACAAACAACAACAACUACAACGACCAAGACAUUUUAUACUCAAGAUAAAGAUUACACGGGAUCCCAGCACCAGCAGAAUAAUUUGCUGAAUGAAUUGGACGACGUUAAAAAUAAUAGUGAAGAUAUUGCACUAAAAUUACGUCCAACUCUGCCUAAGAAACAGCUCGAGAUCCCCAGAUUUUCGCCGUCAGCCGCCUGGAGAUUGCUAUCGGCUCUAGAAACCCCAGGCCCGAAUAUGAGCACCGCCAGCGAGGAGAUUCCGGUGAUGUAUGAGGAGAGAAUUGAACGUCUCUCGCGACCACCGAGGCCUUUAAUUGCUCUGGGGCCGAGAAGUUCUCACGACAAGUCCGGCGACUCGGGUGUCUCGUGUGACGCCGGAGUGCCCAAUGAUGAUUCACUCGACGUCACUGUCGACAGAUUAAAAACACAAACGGGCAACACCGCGCGACCGGCCUGGACACCGCAGCAAGAUUUAGGCGAGGAGUCUAGCAGCGAUGCCGGCGUUGAUUCCCCGCCUCCUAUGGCACCCAGCGCUAAAUUUCCUCCCCGUGCUCACGUCUUCUCGCUGUCUUUGCCGCGCGAUGACAAUCGCCACUGCGUUUAUACAGCAGAGAAACCUAAAGAUUCGUCAUUUAAUUCGCUGCAGAAAAUUAAGCGCUCGGUCUCGGGGGCUUUCGGCCUGGGAGCCGUCGAGUUUGAGAGAAAACACGGGGAAACACUUGACGACAACUGGUUGCUGUCCACAAGUGCGCCGACUUCUUUGCAGCACAACCAAGCUAAUCAAAUUAACAGCCGCGAUGUUAACAACGGGAUCAAUGGCUCCCCUGGUUGGGAUGCUAAUUUUCCCGUUGAAGACUUCGAAGACGAAGCUCUGGAUGACGUUGACGAGAAAACGAGUUUUCCUGUGGUAAUGAAACCUCCGUCAUUUUCGUACCUCGCUUCUGGAGGACACGUCAUGUAUUUACCGGCAUCCAAUGACACCGAGCACCGAACCCAGAGCUUGAAUUACAGAAACUCCGUCGGAGAAAUCAGCGUCAAAAUGAACAACAAUAUAAACAUCAAUUCGAAAAAUCUUAAGUCAAAUGACCCGGUCAAGAAUUGCAACAAAAACGGCUUCAUAAAUGGAUUCGCCAACGGGUACACCAACGGAAUCAGCAAUGGGUACAGCAAGCUAUCAAACGACAAGAAAGACCUGGGGCUGUACCGCGAGAGAUCGUUCACUGACUUGGGCAACAAGAGCCGCAAGUCCCAAAAUUUUUCAAAGUCCUGCGAAAACAUAUCGGAAAUGAAGCAGCGCAGCUACUCCCCAGUGAACAACGGCCCCGAGAGUCUCCAGGACAAGAAGAACGACAUGAACAGCAACAACUGCACUAAAAUAUCCAUAAAGCCGAACCCCAAGAGCAAGAGGUUCACGUUCCAGUCGACAGUCAGGCAGAUCGAGCGUCGCAGAUUGGCGGAAAAACUGUCACGUGAAGCCGAGGCUAAAGAACGUCAGAGGAAAAGUGAGUUGGAGGCCAUGCGCAAAGUGGAGGAAGAGUUCCAACGGAAAAGAGCCAAAGAAAAGGCUAAUAUCAGACAGCAGCUCAGACUCUACAGUAUGGAUGAAAAUUCUAGCUUGCCUCCAGCAUCGGACAGCUCGCACCUGUCUCGCGCGGAUCCAGACGGUGCGCCUUCUUCGUCAGCUUCCUCGCCCACCUCAGCACCACCUGGGAAGCUCGUGAACAACCGGAAAGGAAGCGUCAGCAGCGACGAGUACCAUCGCAAGAAGGAGUGCCGGAUCCAGCAGCAGAACCACCAGAAACAGGAGCCCCGAGAGUACAAAGACUACCGCCCGAAAUACUACGACUGGGCGCCAAACGAGUCGUCCUCCCACCUCGAGGUCAAGCAGACUACGGUACAUCCAAAGAUUGUGUGCGACAUUCCCAAAAGCUCUCAUGUAUUCGUCGACUCGAAUAUUCAUACGGGAAAACAUGCUAAUUUAAAUUCCACGCCACGUUCAGACAACUACAGGAAAGAUUUCGCACAUGGAGCGGUAGCUGCAAGAUCCUCUUUAGCCAGCAGUGACAGCGAAUUGUCACAACCAAAUACCCGACCGCACUCACGACAAAACGGCAACAAUAAAAAUAGCAAACCUGCUCGCACUAGGGACGAACCAGCGACGAAGCUCGAAAAUGAUCACGAUGAAAAGUCUCAGGUGACGUUGACCAGGUCAGCGAGUCCUGCGAGAAGUUCUGAGACACCAAGCUCCGAAGAAGAGACACCUGUGGAACCAGUGAACAGAAAUCCGUCUGUCAAUGUCACCACCAAUGGCUUUAUUAUUAACGCCGUCCAGCCGUUCGUUAGAGAAAAAAACUAUCGCCCGAUAGCUUUCAAUCCUCAGCCACCGCCGCCGAUUCCCAUUUGAUUUAAAUUUCAAAUACUUCUAUUAUUUCAUUUUUAUUUUUAUGUUUUAGUAUAAAUUUAUGAUACUGAUAUUUAGCGGCUAAAACUAAUACAAGUCACCAUUUAAUGUAAUACUGUAAUUAAUUAAUUAUUAACAUUAUUUUUUAUAAAUUAGUUUUUAAAUUAAUAGGGUAGUUAUUGUUUUAUGUUAAUAAUUAACUGUAUUUUGAGUUAUGAUUAAUUAUUUAAUCCAGAGUUUAUAAUAGAGAUCAGCAGAAAUAAAUUGAAUAUAAUUGUAAAUAUUUUACGUGGGUUAUAUUUAAUAUAAAAGAAAAAAUAAUAAUUCGGAAUUCUCUCCAGAACUCGAAUUUUUUAUUUUUCACUCAGGAAUUUUUUUUGUUGCAGUUGUGGAAAACAAAAAAAAUAUUUGGGGUCAUGUUAAAGUGGGCGCGCAUUUUCUUUGAAAAAAUAUCAAUUUUGAAAACUCCCGACUUUGAAAUUUAAAAAAAUGGCGCCCAUUUUUUCUAUGACCGAAAGUUCACUCAGUAUUUUUUUCUUUAUUUCUUAUUAUUAUUUUUAUUUGGAAGUCCAUUAUUAUUUUUUCUUUUAAUUUCAUAAAUGAAUAAAGAUGCCAAAUUAUAAAUUAUUUAAAAACUCGUAGAAAAUUUUCUACUAACCUUCAAGUAAUUUUCAAUAUCACCCUGAAGUCUGAAUGAGUGUAAAUGUAGUAGACAUAAGACAAUUUUUAAAUUACAUAUAAAAAAAUUAAACAAUUAAAUUGAUAAAAUAAAAAAAAUGCAUGUACUGAUUUUAGAAUUUUCUAAAAGUUCAUUUUUUAAUUUUUUUGUUAAAAAUAUUUUAUUUAAAAAUUUAAAAAAUUGUCAGAUGUCUGCAAACUUUACUGUCAUGAAGUCUGAAGAUAAUUAACAAUUUUUGGAUUUUUUUUUCAACAAAUCGGUUUAAAAAAAAAAAAAAUUAAAAAAAUGCACAUGUAGAGAAUUCAAAAAACUAUAAGUGCAAUUUUUUAAAAAUACUUUUUUUUUUAUAAUUUAUCGUUUUACAAAAAAUCCAAAAGUUAUUAGUAAACUUUAGUAUCAUUAUUAUGAGUGUGAAUGUAGUGGACAUCAAACAAUUUAUAAAUUUAAAUAAUGAAAUUUAAAAAAAUGCGCGCGUUAAUUUUUCAAUUUUCCAAAUACGCAUUUUUUUAUUUUUUUUCCUCACAUUUUAUUCAUUUAUUCAAAAAUUUUAAAAUUCUGAGUGUGAAUUUAGCAGACAUCAGACAAAUGUAAAAUAAUUAAUCAAUAGAGUAAAUAAUUUAUAAAAAAAAUAUUUACAAAAAAUGCACUUAUUGAUUUCAAAAUUUUUUAAAUGUGCAUUUUUUUUAAAUUUUAUUUUAUUCAUUUUUUACUCUAUUUAUUUAUAAUUAUAAAUUUUUCUGAUGUCUGCCACACUCACAUGAUCCUGAAGUUAACAGACAAUUAAUAAUGUUAGGAUUUUUUUUUAUAACAAAUUUAUGAGAAAAAAAAAAAAUAAAAAAAAUGCACAUGUAGAGAAUUCAAAAAACUAUAAGCAAUUUUUCAAAAUAUUUUUUUUUUUAAUAUUUAUAUUUUAAAAGAAAAUCAAAAAAUUAUUCGACGUCUGUUAACUUCAGUAUCAUCACACUCACACUCAUUGAAUCAGACAAAUUUUAAAUUAUAAAUUAAUAGAGUAAAUAAUUUAAAAAAUAAAGUUUCAAAAAAAUGCACAUAUUAAUUUCAAAAUUUUUUAAAUGCGCAUUUUUUUUAAAUUUAAUUUUACUACUUAUUUACUCUAUUUAUUUAUAAUUUUAAAUGAGUGUGAAUGUAGCAGACAUCCGACAAAUUUAAAAUUAUGAACAAAUAAAGUAAAUAAUUAAAAAAAUAAUUUUUCACUAAAAUUACACUUAUUAAUUUCAAAAUUUUUUACAUGCACAUUUUUAAAAAAUUUUAUUUUAUUAAUUAUUUACU